AGGGGGCAAUGCCAGGAACGCCUGUCAUGCAAGUGACGGCCACGGAUGAGGACGAUGCCAUCAACACUUACAACGGGGUGGUUGCCUACUCCAUCCACAGCCAAGAGCCAAAGGACCCACAUGACCUCAUGUUCACCAUCCACCGCAGCACGGGCACCAUCAGCGUCAUCUCCAGUGGCCUGGACCGGGAGAGAGUACCCGAGUACACGUUGACCGUCCAGGCCGCAGACAUGAACGGAGACGGCUCCAUCACCACGGCAGUGGCGGUGGUGGAGAUCCUGGACGCCAAUGAUCACGCACCCGUGUUUGACCCCCAGGAGUACGAGACCCGAGUGCCUGAGAACGCCGUGGGCCAAGAGGUACAGCGACUGACGGUGACUGACCUGGACAUCCCCAACUCACCGGCAUGGCGCGCCACCUACCGCAUUGUAGGAGGUGAUGACGGGGACCAGUUUGCCAUCACCACCCACCCUGAGAGCAACCAGGGUGUCCUGACAACCAAGAAGGGCUUGGAUUUCGAGGCCGCGAACCAGCACACCCUGUCCGUGGAAGUGACCAACGAGAGCCCCUUUGUGGUGAAGCUCCUGACGUCCACAGCCACCGUCGUGGUGCACGUCGAGGAUGUGAAUGAGCCGCCCGUGUUCGUCCCCCCCUCCAAAGUCGUCGAGGUCCAGGAGGGUACCCUCGCCGGCGAGCUCGUGUGCACCUACACGGCGCAGGACCCUGACACGGAGCACCAGAAGCUCAGCUACCACAUCCUGAGAGACCCAGCAGGGUGGCUGGCGAUGGACCCAGACAGUGGGCAGGUCACUGCGGUGGGCAUCUUGGACCGAGAGGAUGAGCGCUUUGUGAAGAACAACGUCUACGAAGUCAUGGUCCUGGCCACGGAUGAUGGGAGUCCUCCUACGACCGGCACAGGGAUGCUCCUGCUCACACUCCUCGACGUAAACGACCAUGGCCCAGUACCCGAGCCCCAUCAGAUCACCAUCUGCAACCAGGACCCUGUGCCCCAGGUGCUGAACAUCACAGACAAGGACCUGUUCCCCCACACCUCCCCUUUCCAGGCCCACCUCGCCCACGACUCUGAUGUGCACUGGACGGCAGCGGUCAACGAGAACGGAGACGCAGUGGCCUUAUCUCUAAAGAAGUUCCUAAAACAAGACACAUACGAUGUGCAUCUUUCUCUGUUGGACCACGGCAACAAGGAACAAGUGACAGUGAUCAAGGCUACCGUGUGUGACUGUAGCGGCCACAUGAAGACCUGCCCCGAUCCCUGGAAGGGGGGGUUCGUCCUACCCAUCCUGGGUGCCGUCCUGGCUCUGCUACUGCUCCUCUUGGUGCUGCUUUUGUUGGUGAGAAAGAAGCGGAAGGGCAAGGAGCCCCUUUUGCUCCCGGAAGAUGACACCCGGGACAAUGUCUUCUACUACGGUGAAGAAGGGGGUGGUGAAGAAGACCAGGACUAUGACAUCACCCAACUCCACCGUGGUCUCGAGGCCCGGCCAGAGGUGGUUCUUCGCAACGACGUGGCACCAACCUUCAUCCCCUCACCGAUGUACCGUCUGCGUCCUGCCAACCCAGAUGAAAUUGGCAACUUCAUCAUCGAGAACCUGAAGACGGCCAACAGCGACCCCACGGCCCCGCCCUACGACUCCCUGCUCGUGUUCGACUACGAGGGCAGCGGCUCGGACGCCGCCUCCCUGAGCUCCCUCACCUCCUCGGCCUCCGACCAGGACCAGGACUACGACUACCUCCACGAGUGGGGCGGCCGCUUCAAGAAGCUGGCCGACAUGUACGGGGGCGGCGAGGACUAGGCCGGUCGGAGCGCCACCUCAGACCGCAGCACCCUCCCUUCAGCGCGCCAGGGCA